AGUGACUUGCGCGACAUUUCUGUUCGACAUUUCGUUUUGUUUCUGGCGAUACGAGUAGAUUUGAACUCGGCUUCCUUGAUCUUCUACCGUUUCAUUUCAAGUCUAUUUGCGUGUGUUUGUGUGUGUUCAUUUUGUGGAUUGAAGCCAGCCGCUGUAGCAACACAAAAGAUUUUUGGUCACCAACGUGUUAUUUUGCGCGAUUUUUGUUUGUUUUUUUUUUUUUUCAACUAAAAGUUUUGUGGGGUGGUCCAAAUCCGCUUGAAAUUUGGUGUCCUAAAAAUAUCUUCUCAGUCGCCGCGGGAUUCGAUUCGAAAUCGGAAACUUUUGAACGAUAAAAUUGAAGCUAUUAGAGAAAAUUUCCCUUUGCUUUUGAUGAUGAUUUUCGUUUAGAAAUUUGUGCCUUGCGAAUAAUGGGCCAAUCACGAGCAACUACAUAAAUGUUAAGUGAACGAGGCCUUUCCCCAACUAAACCACUACACCACCACCACCACCACAACUGAAAGAAAAUUUUAAGAAACGUCGUCAUCUUUUCUUUUUUUCUUUUUUUCUUUUCGUUUUUGACGCAAAAAAUGUUAGGAGUACCUGCCCCAACUGAAAUGCAUCAAUUCGAGCGGGAGCAUUUUUUUUUUUUUUCUUUUCGUGUACACACAAUAAAAAAAGAAUGGACUCUGUAUCUACACGCGUCGAAAAAAAAUAAAAAUAAAAAUGGAGAGAGUUAGAGCAAGGUGCGUCUUUAAAAAAAAAAAAACUGAUCAAAUGUAGGCUAUAUAGGAAAGAAAUGCGCUGAACGAUGAAUACACACUCUGGCUGUCUAUCUGUUCAAAGUAUGCAACAAGAGAGAGCUGCCGCAGGCGGUGAAAUAAAGAGUCGUGAAGCACGUUCUCUUCUUCUUCUUCUCCCCGACUCGUACGAAGAGCGUCUUCUUCUUUCAUAUCUUUUCAUCUCAUUUUUGCUUCUUCUUCCUUCGUCUUAUCUUCUUUUUAUUUUGUGUUUAUUUUGGAUUUUUUUUUUUGGUACCUGAAACCACACCCAUAUUAGCUGCAGGCUUUUGUCCGUGUGCUGGAAGAGGUCGCUCCGUGACGCGGCCCAGCAGCUAAAGGCGACGGAACGGCGCCCGUUUCCGUUCAGUUGUCGUCCGACUCUUAGCGAAUCCACACGUUGUCCUUUGUUUUUGUUUCGUUCUUUUUGUUUUUUGGCCAUUUAUAUUUACACGUUUUUGCGUGUCGUAGUCCGGUGCCAUUCGUCGCGCGACUGUGUGUCCAUUCAAUCGAGAGAAGAAAACAAAAACAAAAACAAAAACAAAAGAAUCAAAAGAUGCCAUCGAGGCAGCGCAGCGGUGAAAGUGCAUUCCACAGUGACGGUGAAUGACACAUUGUCUACGCUCUUUCAUUCAUGCGAAUUCAGAUUAGACGUCAAUGUUCAACGUUUCGAGAUCGACUAUUUUGAACGUUGUUUCUAGAGGUGGAUCGUUCAGAUAAGAUAACAUUCAACUAAGGGCGGAUACGUUCAUUUGUUUGGCCGCUUCUUUUCUGUAUACGAGAACAAUUUGAAUAUUCAAAAACAAAAGAAAACCAAAACAACAAAAUGGAAACGAUCGAUUUCGGAUGUCAGGUGAGAUGUUUGAACCGGCAGCGCUUGAUUCCCGGCUCGUCCCAUCCGCAAUUGAAUCAGUGCGCGUCGCAGUUUUUGGCCAAAGUCAGAAAGGAAGUGACGACUUGCGAUUCAUCCGGCGCGACAAGUCAAUUGCCGGAAGUCGGUUGGAUGAAGUUGAAAUUGAGCGAACGCGGAUUGCGAAUCGUUCCGGCCGUUUCCUCUUCGUCGUUGUCGUCGUCGUCGUCGUCGUCUUGCGCCUCAUCGACGACGUCGUCUUCAUCGGCUUGCGCCUCGUUCAGCGCAAUGCAAAGUCAGCAGAAUGUCAAGAGCGACGAGGGAUUCGAGUCGGACAGCGACACGUCCAUCCGGCCGCACAACAAUUCCGGCGGGUGCAGCAGCGGAGUCAACAGCAGCAGCUCGGACAUGGAAGAAUCUGACGAAGGGCGUGGCGGAGGCGCGAAGAAGAAGACGCUCGAGGCCGGAGAUUCGUGCGAUUCGGACUCGGCCGAGCAGACGACUGCCGUCCUCUUGCCCAGCAUCCGCUGCCCGCUGUCGGACAUCCUGUCGUGCCAACACCCGGCCGCGCUGGGCCGCCACGUGGUGCUGUUGACGCUGCGCUCAGCCGACGACAGCGCGCUGGACAUUCUGGCGCUUGAGUGCAGCGGCGAAGAGUCUGCGCGAAUUCUGACGUUGCUCUGCCAGAAGAUCCAGGCCUCGGCCGCCACCCGCGCCCUCCCACCGCCGUCAUGCGCAGCUACGGCGGCCGGCGCGGCCGACGACGCGGCCAAGACGGGCGGUCAGCGUAAGGUCAGUCAAGCGUCAGCUGGCGGUGAUGGGCCGGCACCGAAAGCGGCUGCCGUCUCGAUCCAGUCGUGGUCGGACCGGGAAGAGAGGCGGACGCUGGAUGCCAUUCUGGUCGAUUCGAAACAUUCGACGCCGUCGGCCGCAGGCGGCGCCAAAGCUCAGAACAUCAUCCGCAAAUUGGAGCGCCAGCAUUCCGAAUGGAGUUUGAUCCAGCGACGGACGCGAGACGGACUGACGCACCUGCAGGUCUCGAAGCAGAAAUCGACGGCGUCGGCUGUCGCCGUUGGCGGUGACGUCGCUGCCGUCGCUGCCGCCGCUAUCCGCGGCCAUUGCAACGGCUCUGUGCCGACCGCAACAUCCGGCGCAAUGUUGAACAACAGCAACAGCAACAACAGCAACAGUAGUAGCAGUAGCAGUAGCAAGAAGAAGGGCAUGCCUUGCGGCGAUCAGAUGGCCCGCCUCGAUACGGCCCUGGCCAUUACCAACAGCAAUCAGGGACACGGCAGUCGCAUCAUCAUCAGUGGUGGCGUCGAUGGCGUCGCCGCCGGAUUGAAGCGAUCCGACACGAGCGUAGCCAUGCAUCAAAAGCUGUCCAAAAGCAAGUCUUCCGGCUCAUCCAAUUCGACUUGCUCUUCGCCGCCGUCCUGCAUUCUGAGUCUACAGACGCCCGAAUUGCCGCUGUCUCCAUCGGUCACGGCCUUGUCGCCGGCCGUCGUGACGGACGCCUCCACUUCGCCGUCUCCGCCGCCGCCGCCUCUGCCGCAAUCGCUUCCGCCCGCCAAAACGUCGCGCUGGUCGUUCGGUGCGCCCUUCCGUCAACAGCAACAACAGCAGCGUCACCUCUCUCCGGAAGCGUCGCGCCGCAACGCCAAACCCAACCAACGUGGCAGGUCGUCUGAGCGCCAGUCGUGCAAAUUCGACGCCUGUUCCACUUUGAGCGCCCCGCAAAGCAGCGCCUCCCAACUGGACGGCCUCUUCGUGUCAUCCACUGGGAUGCUGAGCAUCAAAUCCAACAGCAACAACAAUAACAACAACAACAACAAUAAGAAAUUGAAAUCGAAAUCGAAAUUUUCCAAAAGUCUGACGGAAUUGCUUCCGGUUCAAUCGACUGCGACGGAGGCGCCCAAAUCGAAACGCGAUCCGUCCAAGACGAGGUCGUUCCUGAUGAAGUUGACUUCGUCGUCUCGAAAAUCUCCCACUCGGCCCACAUCGGCUGCCCUCCCUCCGCCGCCUCUGAGCACACUUUCUCUCAAUAGCGAACGAUCCGCCAGCGAAAAGGAGCACCGGGGUGGCCAGCAGCAUCCGUUGAAACUGCAAUCGCGAGGCCGGUCGUUGAUCCGUCUCCGUUCAUCGACCCGACUUCAAUCGCCUACUCCCCUUCCUCCUCCUCCACCACCAUCGACGACGACGACGACGACGUCGUCUCCUCAUUCCGGCCAAACGUUCCUCAUCCCGACCAAAUCCGGACAAGAAUUGACGCGCAACAUUUACCCGAAAGAAGGUCCGGCUGCAUCCCAGCAGCCGUUGCAUCAACCCGUUUUCCACCUGUUGACCGGACACAAUAACAAAAAUGCUUCCGGCCUCGGCCGGCUCCGCUACAACGCUGGGCCGCCAGUAUCGGCCGUGUCAAACGGAUGGGCCGGCUAUUGCUGGAACGAUGCGCCGCCAGGUGCUUCGCUCGUCCGUCACUCUGUUCCGACCUAUGCCACGUCCAUCGAUCCCAACAACAACCAACACCUUCAGCAGCAGCAACAACAACAACAACAGCAGCAUCAGCAUCAGCAAUGGAUCUACUUCCAUCCGCAUCGGCAUCAUCUUGCCAUGGCGGCGCCUCCGCAACUCCAACCGCCACCCACUUUGAUGAAAGCGGGCGAUUUCAACAAGUUGCGGCUGCAACGGUCCAGGAGUCAAAGUCCCGGCCGGAUGCGAAGUAGCCAAAGAUGGCUACCUCCUGCCGCAGCAGCUGGGCCUUCGUCUAUUGGCCAUUACUACGCCGUCCCGACGCCCAUCCACCACCAGCAACAGCCGGUGUCUCUUCCGCCAGACAUGGGUCUCGUGUUGUCGCAACAGCACCGAACUGCUCCUCCGUGCAAUUCGCCCUCGAUUUCUAGCGGCAAUCAUCAAGAGUUGUCGUCUUCAGCCGCCCGAUCUUUCAGACGAUCGAAAUCGACUCACACGCGCAUGUCGUCGCGGAGCCAUUUGACGCCGCUCUCCUCAUCCAAAUCGACUAACCACCACCACAACAACAAUAAUAAUAAUAAUAAGGCAGUGACGUUUCACGCGUUCGCUACCGUCCAGCUGGUUGAUUAAAUUUUAAACUAUUUUCAUCAUUUUUUUUUUUUCUUUUUUUGCGCUAAGGGAAUGUUUAUUUGAUUCAAAUUUAAGGGGGGAAGGGAAAUUUUUCCUUAAAAAAAAAAACAAAACAACAACAACAAAAAAACCACAUCUGUGAUUGUUUUUUGUUUUUUUCCUCUUUUGGUUGUUAAAUAAUUUUGGUGAUUUGACGGUUGUGUAUAGAAACAAAUGCAAAUAUAUCAAAGCGCUCGGAUGGA